UGUCUUUAAAUACAGGAUGAGUAAAUGUUCGUUAGUUGAUUAGCUUGACCAGGUGGCAAACAGAACAGCGGUGCCAGGUUGACCCUUCACUGCUCCUUCGGUUAGACAACAGUGUUCAAAUUUAAAAUACAUUAAUAAGAUUCCCUCCGUCUCACCGUUCACGCCUUGCAAGACAAGUUCAGGCUUUUCUCCACUAGAGUGUGCCACUGGACCCCCCCUUUUUUUAACCAUACGAGUUCAUGUCAAAAGCAGAAUGUUCGUACAAUAAGGGUCUGUGUAAGUAGCUCCGCUAUUGCCUUCGUGUACCACACGGACAAACGAUUGUCAAUGGACUAUUUGAGACGGAUUUCAGUCGGCUUCUGCGACGACUGCCUGCGUUUAGGGGGUCUGGGUUUUUUGGGUUUUUUUUUUUUACUUGUUUGCAACCAGAUUCCUAUCCGGAUUGAAAGGAAAGCAACAAAGAAAAGGACUCAUUUCGAAACAAACAAAAAAAAAAUGCCGUGAGUCUUGAAGUUUAGUGGAUUUCGUGUGUUUGUUGGUUCUUCUAUUUUUGCAGCCGGUCGCUCUCACUCAAUUUAUAGUCGAUAGUGUACUCUUGGACUUGGCGUUAACGAGAGUGAUACAAUAUUUAGAUAAAGUAGGCUGAAAAUGUAGCUACUCGGAAUGUACCACCAGUGAAACCGAAGUUGUGCGUGCCGUGGGUUUGAAUUAUCUAAGGGAUUCAUAUUGAAUAUAACCUAUUUAUCUGUGAGCAGAGCUCCAGUCGUUAAGCAAGAGCGGAUUCAUUCCAGCUGCGGAGCCUUUCAUGUUAAUCAUUUCACGUUUAAUUAUAAGCUGACAGAGCCUAUCCCCCGAGGAAAAACUACUACAAUUCUGUAACUUUGAGACUUUUAAUGCAUGUUUUUUAUCCACGUGGAGCAUAGCAUGAUUUUAUAUGGAGCGUAUCUUAAUCUUUAAUAUCAUAUAACAUCAUAGUCCCAGUUUGACAAGAUAAUUCGCUCACAUUUCAACACAUAUCAUAGGCCAUAGUGACUCCUCUCCAGAGACUACAGCCAAGUAUUUUUCUUUUUCACAUGGGAUCAUUGGAAGUCUUCAGUACGUUUUCUUGUUUUCUUCCAUGCCCGUUCUGUGGUCCACUGUAAGCACAGUGGACCUCAGUCUAUAAACUUAUCAGGGACCUGCGGGCAUGGGAGAAGCGACCCCCGCUCAGUCUGCUGCAGGGACAUACGUACCCAUGUUGGGUGUUGGUUUAGGAGCUAUGCCCGGUGGGGUCAGCAACGGGCCGGUGGUGGCCAGCUCAAGGAGCUCCACAGUGCCACAGCUGCACAACGCCAUAGUUGAGCGUUUACGCGCCCGGUUAGAGACGUGCAGGAGGCACCAUUCUACCUGCGCGGACCGCUAUCAGCGAGGUCAGGCCGAGAGCACAGACCGGGAGCACGAGAGUACGCUUCAGCUGCUCAGCAUAGUCCACCAAGGUCCUGGGAACCGUAAAGCAAAAGGUAGCCGGGGAUCGAACCAGCAACCCCCAGACUACAGCAGGGCUAACGGAGAGCAAAAGGGGUCAGAUGGCGAGCAGAAGAUCCCCACACGCAUAGCGAUCCAUGGAUCUUUGCGAAGGAAGAUUGAGGGGCAUGCCCCAGGACAAAUAUCAAAGCAAAAUGGCCUCUCCUGUGGUUUCCCUGGAUCAGACUUUAAGCGGGUCCGUGUGGACCACAACUUAGCCCAGUCCCAUUCUCUGCAAGGCACCUCAGCCAUGAGCAUGCAGAGGAAGAAUUACAUGAUGCCUCAUGCACUGGGGUCAGACAUAUUCAACAUGACCCUGAAAGAAAUGAAGAAAGAGCCCUCUGAGAUCCAGUCUUGUGACCAGUCAAAUGCAGAGAUGAUGUUUGACUUCAAAGAUGAAGGUCAGAUUGAUCCAGAACUCCAGGAUCUCUUUGAUGAACUGACAAAGACGGUGCCUACACUGAAUGACCUGGAGUUUGAAAAGAUGCUAAAGCAGGAUGAUACAUUUGGCUUGGAUCUAGGACGGCCAAGCUCGGCGGGAGCAGCUGCCAGUCUGUGCUCUCCACUGGAGAAGCCGAUAAAGACAGAGCACUCACCCGAUUUUGGGCAGGCUCAUUGUGGCUCACCACAGCUUCGACCCGCUUCUGCAGGGCCCACUUUCACAUUGACCAGCACGUCUUCAACCACCACAUCGCAAAAAGCAAACACUCAGGCAGGACACCCAAGGAUGCCCUGUUGGCCUGAAAUAUCUCACGCAGAGCAGCUAAAGCAGAUGGCAGCAAACCAGCAGCAACCGAAUUCUCUUCUCCAUCACCACCACCAAACCGCACCUGUGGCCCUGACCAGCUGGGCUCCUUCCAUGAGCACCCACUCCUCCACCAGCACCUUCCCUCAAGACAAUGUCUCUAGCCCACUCCCACUCAACCAGCAGAGGAUUGGCUCUCACAAUAAAGGGAUCAACAACUGUCUCUUCAAACCAACCAGCCACAAUGGCUCCAAUCAUUUGGACAUGAAGGUUCUCAGCACCAAGCCUACAUUGCAUUUCAGCCCCAAAGUACCCCAUUCUGCCAGCCAGCCCAUGUCUAUCAUGACAAACCCAGUGAACAAGACAGAACAGCAGCAACAGUCACCUUCACCGGGCCCACAUCAGCCACAUUCAGGUCUCCAUUUCCAGAACCAACAAAACCCCACAUCAGGAGCCCUUUGUCUGCAAACCAAGACUGCUCACGGAGGGCUGCCUUUCAGACCGUCACAGCAGCGGCAGGGUCUUCCUGCUGGUCCAAGGCUGCCCACUAAUGGAAGCUUGGGAGUCAUGUCAGCCCAGCCACAACCACGACCCCCGGUCCCAAACAACCAGCAGAAAGGGCCUCCAAAAACACAGGCCAUGCAAAGACAGCUCAACCAACCCCAACACACCAUCGGCAAUUCAGACAAAGACAACACACAUGAUCAGUUUAGUCGUCACCUGACAAGACCACCGCCAGAUUACAAGCAGUCAAGAAGUAUAGCUGGAGUUCAGCAGGGAAACAUCUUCCCAGGUCGAAACUCCUCCCAGUGUCCUAACAGUGGCCCUGAGAAGACCCUACAGUCUUGUCACCUUGCAGUUGGUUCUGCUUCAAAGAUGAGUGCUUCACCAUCAGACCGUAGAUUUUCUAUUGGGACAGAUUGUCACCCCAGUUCUUGUGUCAGCCAAUGCCAGCAGCAAAACAGUCACAGUCAAAUUCGACUGAAUCCGAGUAAACCCAGGUUCCAGGGCCCAAACACACAAGGAAAGUCUUUUGGGAUAAACAGUGUGGCAGGUGUACAGCACCAGAGAUUGACAUCUCACUUGCGUUCCUCUGUGCCAGGACAGGGUGUAGGAGGGUUGGUGACAAAUGUCAACAUGGGCUGGGGUUCAGCCAACAAGCAAGUGACACCUGGACUCUGUAUUAGGCAGCUACCCAACCCACUACAGUCCCAGGGUGUGCAGGACUUACCGAACCAUCCAUUCCAACAGAGACACAUUGCCCCUCCCAACCAGGUAGCACCAGACAUCAGCAUGCACACUCUAAACCCUCCACUAAGAGACAUAGGCCAGAGAGUAAGUCAGGCAAUGAUGGGUUCUCCCUCAGCCGUGGGAAACCUUAACCAGGCCUCACCUGAACCGAGGAUACCAGCAGGGAACUUUACAGAGCCCAGUCCCAGCUCUAGCAGCUACCAUAAUAACAGAACUAACCGUCUGACCUUUGACUUCCUCCCAGAGGGGGACAACACAGUUCCGGGAAUCAAUGCAGACUCAGACUUCAUAGAUUCCCUGCUCAAAUCGGGCUCUGGAAAUGAUGACUGGAUGAAAGAUAUCAAUUUGGAUGAGAUUCUUGGUAGCCACUCGUGAAUUUGGGUCACAAAUGACUAAAAAUGGACCCACAGCUCAGAGCUUGUAGAGGUAUGUAAGGUGUAAAGGAUUACAUUUGUAAGUAAUAUUAAAAUGGACUUUUAUAGACUUAUUAUUACCCAGAUAUACUGAAUUGCUUUGUAUUGUAUUUACUGUGAAAAUCAAUUGUGUUCUAUGUACUCUGCGUAUUUCUUCCUGGUGUAUUGGCCAAGAAAUUGCUUUUCUAUGCAGUCACUGUUUUUGUGGUCUGUGCUCUGUGCUGUCUUAUAGAGUAAAGUACAAAAUUCACACUGUGAAAAGAAAAUAUUGCCAUUAUUUUCCUUUUCAUCCUGGUUUGUGUUUCAAAGUCUAGCAUCACGUGGUAUGAGCUUUCCAGUGUUUUGCUGCCAGACACAAGCAAGCUUGCAAAAGCGUUUUUUCCGCUUUACUUCCUUCUUGUUCAAACUGUUUCAUCUGUGGUAGUUACAGUUUAAAUUAUGUAACCAUUAUUUUUUUUCAUGUUAUAUUUAAUAAUUAUUGGAAUAGUAAGUAGACAUUAUAUUACAUGUAAUUAAUAAAAUUUAUUUGACUCAAGUUGUGCUUUUGUUGACUUUAUUUAAUAAUGAAUAGUUUGGUUUACUACAUCUCAUACUUCCAAAUCAGCGCAUGUAGAUACUCUUAAUUAAAGGAUGCUUUGAUGUUAUGUCCCACUUUACAGGGUUAGUGUGUUGAAAUGACACACUUUAACCCAAAUGGCAACCUUUUCAUAAAAAUAAACAAGUAGUGUUCAGUGCUUAAACUUAACAAAAUACUUUUUAGUGCCUUAAAAUAUUUAAGGCACCAAUGAAGCUUUUUGUUUGUUUGUAACUACCCCAAAUCUGUCCAUGCAGCUUUUGGUACCUAAAGCUAACCAGCAAGUAAAAGCAAAAGUGAAAGUUGGAUGGAAACAAGUCAGCAGAGUGAAUGAAUACCAAAGAAACAAAAUCAAACACACAAACAAAACCUAAACUGUUUUCUUCAGGCUGACAAAAAUGGUAUUAUGCAUAUUUAUUUUGUCCCCAAAACAGACAAGAUAUUCUGGAAGUCAUAUAUAAAUCAAACGAGGACAGCCUUCUUUCAUCUUAAGUAUUGUCAAAAUUAGGAACAUCCUAUCUAAGAGUGAAAGAAAAAUACUGCAUACAUACACAUAGUCCUUCUACUCUGGACUAUUUUUUAUUAGGGUGUCUCAGUACAACACUGAGAGAAGUGAGGCGAAAGUGUGCGAUACUGAAAAGAAAGCGAGUGAUGAUUGCUGUAUGAUUCCCCCCCAAACAUCAGCUUCUAAAACAAAAUGUUCAGCACUGCCUGAACUGAAACAACCAUUAUUCUAGAUAAUUACACCUGCAGACGAGUGUUGCUGAGGGACUGUAAUAUUGUUAUGUAAUGAUGAUUUGCACAAAAUGUCAUUGAACCCUACAAAGCAGAUAUUAUAUUGGUUAUGUAUUUUAGCUAAUAACGCUCAUGAUUAAAAAAUAAAACGAGAAGCCUGGAAAUUUGUUUACAGUAUGUCUUGUCUGAAGUAAAGGCACAAACAAUUAUAAUGAUUAAAAAAUGUUUCAAAAUGAACAACUUACAGAAAAAGUAAGUCUCACCCCAACCGGUUGCGGCAGAUGACCACCCCUUUCUGAGCCUGGUGCUGCCGGAAGUUUCUUCCUGUUAAUAGAGAGUUUUUCCUUCUCACUGCCCCCAAGGGGGUCAUAUGAUUUUGGGGGGUUUUUGAGUUUACGCAGAUGUUUUGCAUUGGAGGUAGUGUAAGGUUCAUGCAUUAAUCUAAACUCUUUGGCCUGAUGUAAGACCCAAAUUGGAUGUAUUAUGAUACGAUAAUGCACUGGCAUGUAACUGUCCUGUUCAGUAUCUGGCACAGCCUCUCGGUCAGGUAAGCCAAGUAUACUUUACCGAUUGCUUUGAAAGACGUGUGACCAUCAACAAUGAAAAGUUAAUUCAAAUUCCCUAGGAGGAAUUGUUUGUGUUCUUUAUAUUUUAAUGUUUUGGGUCCAAUCUAUUCUUUGUUUGAUUUUUGUUGUUGUUUUUUUUUGCCAUUGUCUUGCUAUUUUCAGAGUUAUCUUUCCAGAGUUUCAGUAGCUAAACUAUUAAUUUGGUGAAAAAAAUACAAUAAAAUAAUAAAAAUAAAAUUAUAAAUCUUUGCAUAAAAUUUCAUAUAUAGACAUUUAUAAAUACAAUAAAAUAUAGAAAACACAUGUGUGCAGUACACAGGUUCAACAACAUAUCAGCAUAAGAAUAGAAUAGAAUAGAAUAAUCCUAUAAUUGUCCCACAAGGGGAAAUUUGGUUACUUAAAUAAGAGCAUUUAUUUAAACCUGGUAACAAUGCUAGUGUUUACCCCCCAAAUACCCCUGACAGCAUAAUGCCGCUGGAGGCGGAGCUAAACGUGGGCAGUCAGGGCUCUGACGUGUUUUGAGGUUGAUGGUGUUCGUUGUAGUUACCUACUGUGAACACAAGAGGGAAUCAACAUAUCCUUCUGUUCAAGUUACCCUUUCACUUCCAAGGCUUUUAAUUUGAGGCUGAAAGUCUCAAAAACCUUUAGGUGGGCGUCGGUUUAACGCGCUGUUUAGUUUGCGUGACGUGACGUGACGUGUGACGCAUGUCUUUCCCUCUUCUUCCUCCGCUUUUCUGUCAGUCUUCACUGUCCCUAUCGAAAAUGAAGCCAUAAGAUAAAAAGGCCCCCCAAAAAAGUUUCUGGUGAAUGCUAAGAUAAAAUUGCUCGUUUCAGUUAAAUUUAUUGUUUGUUGCUGAAAAUGCUAACCUUUAGUUUUCAGUAAUUUCAGUAGUAGUUUGAAUCAUUUUAAUAAUAAUAAUAGGUUUACAUAAAAUGUAAUAAUUAUUUUAAAGUGUGUAUAACUCACUAGUUGGAGUAGUAAUGCAUUUCUAUAUAUAUUUCAGAGUAUCCACCUUCGAAGAAUUGGUUUGAAAUUGGCAACACUAUGUAUAACUGGAUUCAGCAAAAUGGGUAUGAAGCGUCAAGUAAAUUGCAUAAAAAAGUUAGUUGGUAGAAAAAUGUAAACCAAAUUCAUUAAUCGAAAUACACAGUGCAUAGUCCGGUGCUAAACUGGUAUGAACAAUGACUUUUAUUUUGACAUUCACCGGAUGUAUCGCUUCUCAACAGUUCCACCACUAGAAGGCUAACAAUUAGAGCCUUUAAUAAUUAUUUUGAAACCAAAGAUUUUAGAAAAAUGUUUGCUGUACAAUACAAUUAGAAUUCAUGCUUAAAACAAACGAUAAAAAACAAAAUAUGACACAGGGAAAUAUUACCACAAAGUAUAUACUUUAUUUUAGGCCAAUUUCAAAGUAUCAUAUGAAGAAAGAUAUAUUGUAACAGAAUUUGUUCUAAAACACAUGCACAUUUCUAUCAAAAAAAAAAAAAAAAAAAAAAAAAAAAAAAAAGAACAGAUCAUUACUGAAUAUAAAUUCAUUUCAUGUGCAUUUAGAAAACUCUAAAUACAAAAUCCUUUAACUUGUGAUUAGUUCUACUGCUACAAUGAGAGUCAACAGCUAAUAUGCUCUGACAAUUACACACUAAGCAUAAAAUCAGGUCUGUGUGACAAAAUGCAUUGAUGCAUUAAAACGAAAACUAGCCGUGCAAUACGAGCACUGUGGUGUACCACUCAUUUUAGUUGCAUUGUUCUCACCAACACUGUUCAUCCAUCUUAAAAAUCCAUCAGCACGUGACUUAAUAUUCAGUAAAAUCAAAACUAAAAAGAGGUUUCUCAUGAAUAAAAAAAAAAAAAAAAUAUAUAUAUAUUAUAUAUAUAUAUAUAUU